UUUUUUUGUUAGUUUUUUUGUUUACUGAUCAUCCUAUUUUAUGCUUUUUGUAAGCACCACAAAACUUUGUCUUUCCCUGUUAAUUUUCUUUUUAAAUUAAAGUGUGCAUAAUUCAGUUUCCCUGAAGAAUGGUCAGAUUAUCAUAGUGCUGGAAUGAACUCCCUAUCCUGGACUUUUGCAGGUAUGGGAUAUGGACCACAUUGCAGCGCUAAAAUGAGAAGUCUGUGGGUCGGUGUUUUGUUCAUGACUUUCACCUGCCAUCUGAGCCUUUCCCAGACUACUACAGGGAUUCCUAAAGAGUCAGAGCUCAAUGAUAACAUCACAGUUUUCACACGAAUCCUGGAUGGAUUGCUGGAUGGCUACGAUAACAGACUGCGACCUGGGCUUGGAGAGAAAGUGACAGAAAUAAAAACCAACAUCUUUGUGACCAGCUUUGGACCAGUGUCAGAUACUGAGAUGGAAUACACCAUUGAUGUGUUUUUCCGUCAAAGCUGGAAGGAUGAACGUUUGUGUUUCAAGGGGCCGAUGGAGAUGCUACCUCUGAAUAACCUGCUGGCCAGUAAUAUCUGGACACCAGACACCUUUUUCCUUAAUGGCAAAAAAUCCAUUGCUCACAACAUGACAACGCCCAACAAGCUUCUGAGACUGAAGGAUGAUGGGACAUUGCUGUACACCAUGAGAUUGACCAUAUCAGCGGAGUGUCCCAUGCAGUUGGAGGAUUUCCCUAUGGAUACUCAUGCCUGCCCACUCAAAUUUGGCAGCUAUGCCUACCCUAUCUCAGAAGUGGUGUAUAAGUGGACUAAAGGCCCUGGCAUGUCUGUGGUAGUGGCAGAGGAAGGGUCACGUCUUAACCAAUACCAUCUGAUCGGCCACACUGUCGGUACGGAAGAUAUCAGCUCAAGCAGAGGUCAAUACACAGUCAUGAUGGCCCAUUUCUACCUGAAGAGGAAGAUCGGUUACUUUGUGAUUCAGACCUACAUGCCCUGUUUCAUGACUGUCAUUCUGUCCCAAGUCUCAUUCUGGCUCAACCGUGAAUCUGUCCCUGCCAGGACGCAAGUUUUUGGUGUGACCACAGUGUUGACCAUGACCACCCUCAGCAUCAGCGCCCGCAACUCUCUGCCCAAAGUAGCAUAUGCCACUGCAAUGGAUUGGUUCAUCGCUGUUUGCUAUGCCUUUGUGUUCUCUGCGCUUAUUGAGUUUGCCACAGUCAACUACUUCACCAAACGCAGCUGGGCUUGGGAUGGAAAGAAGGCCUUGGAGGCUCAGCAGCCUAAAAAAAAAGACCCACUAGCACUCUCCAAAAAGCCCAACAAUGCCUGUUCGUCUGGAGUUAACUUCACCUCCAACAUCACGAAGGAUGCUGCUAUCUCAACCAUCUCCAACAGCACCACUGUCCAGUUGAAAAGCGCCGAGACCAAGCCUGCAAUGGACCCCAAAAAGACCUACAACAGCGUCAGCAAAAUUGACAAGAUGUCCCGGAUUGUGUUCCCGGUCCUCUUUGGGACAUUCAACUUGGUCUACUGGGCCACAUACCUCAACAGGGAACCGGUUAUUAAAGGAGCCGUUUAGCCCACACAAAAUCCCCGACACCACCGCGACAUUCCAUGCACAACCUCUUUUUCUUCUCCACUUCAGUAUUCAAUGACAAGCUGACCCUGCAAAAAACGAUGCCGAGUACUUAUUUACUGCACCUCUCACUUCGCUAAUCUAUAAGAGGAGUGCUCCUGUUGAAGUUUCCUCCUGAUAUCAUAAAUUGCAUGAUCAAUUCAAAGCUCUAUGGGAAUAUAAUUGCCAUAUCUGCCUUGACUUCCUACUUUAUAUUUAUUUCCCUGGUUUCCACUGGUUAUCGCAAUCAUCUUUCAAUGAAUUGAGCGCCUCACAGGCUACCAUUUCAGUCAUGAAGUUUCCAAGGGACGUGAACAAAAAUGAACGCAUUUGGCAUCAACAUUUAUCACAGUAUAAAAAAAAGAUUUAUGAAAAUAAGUACAGCAAGGCCAAAUGCUAUGCAAAAACCAUUUUCUACUAUGUUGCAAUGGGUAAUUGCUUAUAAUGAAACCCUUGCUUUGUAUUAAUGGACUUGAGGCUUUUCUUCUUUGUUUAAUAGCUUUAGCAUCAAUGGUAUAAGGCAGACAGAUGCUAUGCUAAGUUUUUAGCUAAGC